AUGAGUGCUCAAUCAAUUACUGUCAUUGCUUGUGACAUUGGUGGUGUGAUCAAAGAUCAUCGUACGGAUGAACCAAUUGAAAAUGCCAUAGAAUCCAUCAUUCAAUUAUCGCAAGAUCCAUCGAAUCAACUGAUAUUCAUUUCGAAAUGCAAGGAUAAUUUUAAAAACAAAUCCAAUGAAUGGCUGAAGAAGCACAACUUAUCUCAUAUCAAUACAUAUUAUUGUAUAGAAUAUGGAGAAAAAGUGCAAAUUGCUCAUGAUCAUCAUGUUAAUAUUAUGAUUGAUGAUCGAAUGAAUGUUCUAUCGACGUUUCCAUCUUCGAUUAUCAAAAUUUGGUACUGUUCGGAUAUAAAGAAGAUUGAAGGUGCAAGAAAAUUUCAACCGGAUUUUGUUGAUUCGGUCAGAUUAGCUCGAAAUUGGCAUGAAGUUAUUGAACUAGUCGAACAGAUACAACUAGACUCAACAUGA